AUGGACCUAGAACACGAUUGUGGACAGUCAUCUUCGGAAGAAAGCCAAGGUAAUCAUUAUUUUCUCCCAAUCUCUCUCUCUUUCAUCUUGACCAUUUCUCAUUUUCAGACAGCGCUUCUCCACUAACAAACGGGGAUGAACCGGAAUUCUCACAAAAAUAUUAUGACAUUGAACCUUGCUAUUACAGUUCAACAGGAAAAUCAGAUAGAAGUCUGAGAGGAAAGGUGAGACUAUAUUUUAUUUUAUUUUCCAUAUUUUUCAUUUAUUUUCGUUUUUGCUACUGCUCAUGAAAGGAUAAUCCAGAUGAUUCUUUUUUUUUCGUCCCCCUUAUUUCAUUCCCGCCUCUGCCUUCACUAGAUACUUAUAUUAAUUGCGUAAUCGGACAGUUCUUGCGCAAUAUUUUUGUUGUUUCUGGGGGUGUAAUAAAAAUGUCCGAAACCAAAAAAUUAAAGUAAAAUUGUUGGCAGUUGGCAGUCAAUGUACUAUUCUUGUACUUUCAACAAUUUCCUCGUGAAGAGUUUUUUCUCGUCAUAACUCAAAGUCUCCCAGUCAGGUCCAUCCAUUAAAAUGAAAUAAAAUAAAAAGUCUCGAAAAAUAUGUAUAUUAUGACAAAUAGUCAACACAUUUUUCUCUCCUUUUUUCUCCUCUUCUCAUAUACACACAUUAUAAUAGUUUGUUAAAAAGCUUUUGCCUUGGUUUUUCUUUUUCCUUCUUCCUGACUUGUGUAAAUAAUAGAGAAGAGGUUGACCAGCUGGAACUCUUUUCUAGCGAAUUUCAAACAAAAAAAACACAACAAAAAUAUAUGCAUAAUUAAAAAAGGGAAAGUGUACUGAAAGGGCAAACUCGACUCUAAUAAAAUAUGAGUUUGGUGUUCUCAGAACAUUUUUUUUGCUUUUUCUUCAAAAAUUAAAGAAUUUUUAUUGCAGGUCUAUCGGUUUCGAGAGCGAAAUGAUUUGGAAGGAUUCCAAUCGCAUGAAGGUGUCAUGUAUCGAAUCAAAGAUACGGUUUUUGUCGAAAUGGCACCAAAUGAGCCAUUUGUGAUAGCAUCAAUUACCGGUUUCAAAUAUGUGAGUUUUUUUUUGUCUUGUUGCGGGCGAAAAGCAAUCAACACCGAAAAAUUUCUCCUUGGCUUCGCGCGCGCGGUUAAAUGAUGAACGGCCGUGGUGACAGAUGGUCUCCUCUUCUUCGUCUUAUUCUCUGUUGUCAUCUCUUCUCUUUUUCUUCUUCUUCUUCCCAGUCAGCCCCAACAUUUUAUAAUAUGAUUUUUGGCAACAUUUUGUUGUUGUUGUUUGGGGAUUAGCAAAAAAAAGGAGGAAGAAAAAGGAUUGAAAAACGGGGUCGAGAGUUAUUAAUACCAAAAAAAUGCUUGGAAAAUUGAUAAGAAUUUAGUGUAAACAAAUGACAAUCAUUAUUGAGAAAUAUGUACAGUCGAAAGUUCAAAAAUUCGUCAAGAAACAACUGUUUCACAACUUUUUUGUUGAUAAACAGAACUGAAUCACUAAAAAAAUUUUAUGACUAAUUAUAUUUGUUGCAAUAUCAAAAGGGAACUUUUUUGACUUGCGAUUAAAAUUUUAAAUAAAAAAUAUGUUUUCCAGUAGUUUUUGAUCUUCUGAUCACGACCUCGUUGUAAAAAAUUGCAAAAUUCCAGACCUGUCGUUUUCUGGCGGCCGGGCCGGGCCAGCCCUUCAAAAUUCAAAAAAUGCGGGCUUUUUUCGGCCCUUCGGCCCUUCUUUUUUUAUGAGAGGCUGUUUCAGCCCUUUUUUCGGCCCUUCAUAAUUUUUUGAUGACAAUUCGGGAUUUUUACAAAUGGAUGAUUUUGCUCAAAUUUUCUGCAUUUGGGCGAAUUUCGUAAAUCAGAAUAACUUAUAUUGGUGUUAGUGCACCAAUAUUUCUUCGAAGUACUGUUUUGGUGCAGGAUCGUAAUGGUGAAACACAUGAAUUUCAAUAAAUUUUACUUCUAUUAUCAAUCCACCAUUAGAAACACGAAAUACGGCAAUUUUCUUCCGCCAAAAUGCAAAAAUUCGAAAGAAACACCAUUGAAAAAUAGUGCGUUUACACAAUAAAAUUUGUUGGAAAGGCCGGGCUGCGCCAGCCCAUUUUCCCUAUUUGGGCUGGCUAGCCCAGCCCUUCACAUGGCUGGCCCGAGGGCCGCAAAUAGCCGCAAAACGACAGGUCUGCAAAAUUCUAAUUCUAAUAUAAGCUAUGACGUGGCAAACACAUUUCAAAAAAUUACAACAUAAGUUUACUUGGAAGCUAGUUAUAGUCUCCUGAAGUAACGAAUGUUGCCACGUCAUAACUCAUAUCAGGAGUUGAGAUUUUCAGUUUUUGACGACGAUAUCGUGAUCAGAAGAUCAGAAACUACUAGAAAACAUAUUUCAUCAAAAUUCUCGAUUGCAACUUAAAAUUGUUUCCUUGUCAAUUUGACCUCUAAAAAUUGUAUUAUAUAAUAAUAAUAAUAAUUUAUUUAAUCCCUGAACUAGUUCACAAAUCAAAGAAGAAUCACGCCUUUUCACAUAUUUUCGUUCUCUCGUUCUGGUCAGUCAUUUCUCUCUUCUCCUCCUUCUUUUUUUUGUGUUUUUCCGAACACCUGCAGCUGCUGCUUGCUAGUGCGAAUCAUAUACACAAACGAUUAUGUACUUUGAGCAGGCAGGAAAUUAUUGAAAAGAAUAAAGAAGAAUAAAAAAUGAGAGGCGGAGCAUGGUCAUUGAGCUUCAUCCUUUCCUUUCGCGCAUUUUUUCUCCGUUCGCUUUUUUCUCGGAACUUUUUUGUCUUCGCAGGCAGCGUUGUUAAAAGUCUUAUCAGUUUUUGAAAAAGAGAGAAUGAGAGAAUUCCAAUUAUUUAUAUAUAAAAUGGCGAACGAGAAAAAAGUUUGUGUGUCAUAAUAAUUUUGGUCGUUGUUAUCAUGUACUUGGUACGAACACUGAAGUACUUCGUUUCGGUUGUUAUGAUUUUGGAAAUUGCGGCAGAAAGCAGCAAAAAAAAAAUAAGUUUUUUGCCUUCUUUUGUGUUGGUUGGCGGAUGAAAUUUGAUAUACUCGAAAAAAGAACGACGAAUCGAAUCGAGAUUGAAAGGUCUCUUGGGGCUAGAAGAAACUACAUAUAGACAAUUAUAGAAUUGACUGAAAACAACUGGAAAAAUUGGUCAGAAACUGAACAGCCAGGUGACUAGUUUACAUAAUCUUCGGAGAACCGACGCGAGAACAAAAUUGUGAACAAUUGAAACAAGUUUGUCGCGCCGCUCGCAAGAAAUUGGAAAGAUGUAGUAAUAGUUGUGUGUGUAGUAGUUCAAUUGUUUUUUCCAUCUUUCGUGUUUUUUCUUAGUUUGCGGACGACACUUUAAAGGAAAGAAGAAGAAGAAGAAGACAUCGCUCGUCGUCAGUCAGUAGUAGAAGCAAAAAACGAGAGAAGGAGGAGGAACGAAACAACCAAAUUAUAUAUAUGUUGUGUGUGUAUAUAUAUUAGAGGAAAUUGGAAGAAUAAGAGGAAAAGGGACCAAUUUGGGGGGAUAAUUAGGAGCAAUAGGUUUAAUUUUUUGGUUUACCUGCAGGAUUUUGGGUUAUGAAUAUGGAUGGGGAAUGUUUAGGGACCAGCUUAAAUCUCAGUUGGGAAAAGAAAUGCAGAAUUGUUCUGGUUUGAUUUCUAAUCUUUUUCAAUUGUCUAAAAAAAUAAUAUCUAGAAAGGAAUAUUUUUCGGUGUUGAUGACCUUCCCCUUUCUCAUUUAUUCCCUUUCCUCAAUCUCAAUAUUUUUCCAGACAAAACGUGAAAUUCAAGUCAAACUAACACGCUUCUACCGCGCCGAUGAUAUACCUGAAAUGUCACUAACACUGAUGAAACAAGAACGUGCCGAGUUGAAUAUUAAUCCAAAUUUGUGUCCAGUAAGUUUUUUUUUCUUCACCCAUGUUUUUUUUUUGGCCAGCGAAAAGGCUAACAGAUUUAUUGUGAUUUAUGGGUUUUUAUUCGAUGGGGAGUGUGGAGAAAAAGAGAAGAGGGAGGAGAAAAGAGAAUUGAUUGACUUGAGAGAUUACGGGAAAACCGAGGGGAAGAAAUUAAUAUGUUUGAGAAUGAAUGAAACAUGUGUGAGAGAGGUUUUAUUAGGAUUCAUUCAAAUUCGAUUCUAUGCGGAUAAAUUAGAAGAGACUAAAAAUCAAAUGACUAACACAAGAGAAAAGUUGCAAUUUAUUUACCACGGAACGGAAUCGGAUUAGUGAGAGAUUAGUUAUUCAUUUCAUAUAUUUUUUUUGGAAGAUCAGAAAACAUAAUCUGGGGGAAGUUUUUUUAUUAGAACAGGUGCAAAGGAAAAACAUUAGUUGUGAGAUUUUUCGGUUCUAAUAAGUUCCGCAGAAUGUUUAAUGUAUUCCCAUCUUUUUUUUCUGUUUCCAACAAUAAAAUCAACAAUAAAUUGUUCUCUAUAUAGAACAUAAAAUGGUUGCCUUUCCAAUAAAAUAUAUAAAAAAUUUGGCCAUAACGUAUGAAAUUUAUAUUGUGUUUUUUUUCAGGCAUCAUUGAAUCGCGAAUUGUUUUAUUCGGACAACACACUUCAACCAUCAGUUUCAACCCUAAGGUUAGUUUGAACUUGCCCGAUUUAUAGGCUGCUUUUUUUGUAUGUGUAGAGACAACAACAAAUUGAAUUUCCUUCUUCUCCGGAGAGAUUCUGAAUGAAAUUAGAUUCAAAAAGUAAAUAGAAUUUAUGCGGCAGGAAGAUGAGAUUGUUUUGUUUUUGAAAAUAUUCAAUAAUUUUUCAAAUCUUCUGAAAUUCUUUAAUUAACCACAAAACAAACGUGUCAUGAAUUAUUCUGUGAUCUUUUCUUGUUUUGAGAGCCAAGCCUUCUUUUUUUUUUGCUCCACUUCCACAUCACUUUAUGUUUGUUUAUGAGGAGAAAGAUGGAGAAAUGUGGGGAAGAGACGCAGAGUUAGUUUCAUCUCGCUAAAUUUUUUGGAAUGUUUUUUCUCAGGUUUAUAGUUUUUCAUCUGCCAAUUACGUAGUUUCAGAGAAAAAUUAGUCUUUAUUAGGAACACCUGCCAAUCUGAAAAAAACCACACAAAUUUUAUUCCUUUUUUCUCUCUGGUUUUUUGUUGUCGCCGCCGCGCGCUCAAAAAAGGUCAUAAAUGGGCCAUUUCCUUCCUUCCUUCCUGUUUUAUAUGUUUCGGAGGCGAAAUUAUUUUUGAACUUUUUUCCAACAAAAAAAAUAUCUGAUUCCACAUGUGCUUCUUCUGACACCUGGUCUUUGCUUACACAACUUUUUUUUUAUCUGAACUUUUUCAACACACACACAAAUCCACAUUUAUUUUUGCCGCCUCUUUUCUUCUUCUUUUUUUUUUGUUCACUUAUAUAUUUUUCAUUCAUUCGUCGUAAUAGUUUGUCAUUUUGUCGUCUGGUGCUCUCCUUUUCUCUUGUCAUAUGAUUCUUCUUUGAAAAAAGCGAAAGAGUCUCCUUUUCUCGCUCACUCUCUAUGUAUACAUGUUUCACCACAUCACAAACAAUAUUCUCUUUCCUUGUUCUAUUGUUGGGCAAAAUGCCAAUUUUUUCGGUUUUCUAGUCGCAGAAUUGACCAUUAUAUAGUUUUAUCUUUUUCGUUUAGAGAGAGAAAAUUUUGGUUUUUUUUCAAAUAGAAAAUAUUAUUUAUUCUUGAUAGCGAUAUAUUAUGCAGGAAUAUUUUUAGACUCUAGUUUGACGUAUUUUUUGAACUUUAGAAUUAAUUAUUUAUUUGGUUAAUAUUAGGUGUCAAUGUAAAUUUGUGAGAGUCUAGAGAAAAAUUAAUUUUCUGAUCAAUUUUUUCUACAUUUGUUUAAAAUAAAAUUUUAAUCUGCAUAGGGCCCAUUAGAAUAAUAUGCGACUUUUUCCUAAUCUUUUUCUCUGGACAAUCCAAUAUUUCUAAUCUCUAGUAAAAAUUGACAACAUUUCAUAGUUUAUUCGUCUUCUUCUCCGUUUUUUGCUCAUUUCCUUUCAAACGCGUCACUUUCUUCGUCUUUUUCUUCUUUUUUUCCUCUUCGAUUUUCUUCCGUUUUUUUAUUGAGUUACUUGCUCUCGGCAACAAAAUUGUUGUUUUGGACUUUUGCAAAAAUUUGAAAUUUCUCCAAACAAAAUUUCUAUCAUAAACAAAGUGAUUUUUCAGAGGAAAGUGUAGUGUGGAAUUUGUGAACGAUAUUCGAUCGGCACGCACUGUUGCCGAUUUUUCGCUCGACAACGACACAUUCUUCUACUGUUUGACGUUUAAUCAGGAGACAACAAGGCUGGCGUACACACAUUUUCAAAUUCGGGUCGGAAACGCGUUUCAGGUGAGCUGGGGAAAAUCUUGGGGAUCUUGGCUUUUUAAAUUUUGAAUUCAGAAAAAAAAUUAGAAUGGGCUCAAUUUUUGAAAUCUAUGAGCUUUUCUUUCAAAUCGGACUCGGACCACCCUGGGCUUUUGAAAAAAUUUUCUGAACAUUCUAUAAAAAAAUUUUUGCAGGCGACACUUCCUCCAGAACCAAAAUGUUCAGUUGGAGAAGAGCACGAUCGCGAUGAAUUGGUUUAUAAACCGGGUUGUCUUGGAGAGACAGAAGAAACGGAGUAUUUAGAAUUUGCAAGAAGUUUUAGAACAUUUACAAUGACUGAAACUGGUGCAUUAGGUGCACAAAAGAAAACACGGGUGAGUUUUUACAUAGUUUCGAGUCACCUCACCUCGUGAGCCUCACACACAUUUUUCUUGUCCCCCCACACUUUUGCAUGCUUCAAAUCCCCGAGCCUAAUUUCUAUUUAUAAAGCCUCAGGCAAGCGAUUUGUUGACGCAUGAGGCGAUUUGUCAACUACAUCGAAGCGGGUAUCAACCGGAUGAAGCAUUGAAUGAAUUGACAAUGAAUGAUGCGAUUCUUGCGCCGGAUAUUGAUUAUAUGAGUCAGGAAGAUGCGAAGAAAUUUGCGAAAGGCAUCAAAUCGUUGGGCAAGAAUUUUACAAGAAUUCAUCGAGAAUUGUUGCCAACACAUCCAAGGGUUCGUAUUUUUCCCCCAUUUUUCUGAUUUCCAUUUUUUAUAAUUAAAUCAUGAAAUUGAACAUUUUCACAUAGAAAUUAACGUUAUUCGAUUAACGAAUCAACAUUUCAUUUCAUUUCAAAAUCACACUCUCUGCAAAUACAUAAAUUCAUUUUCGGAAAAAUAACUAGAAGAUAUAUAACAACACAUAAACAAAAAUGAAUAAAAUAUUUGCAGGAACAACUCGUCGCUUAUUAUUAUUUGUGGAAGAAAACGCCGGAAGCGACAAAACCCAAAGUUCAAGCGCGUCGCGCGAAUCCAACAUCAAUUAAACGGCCAAAAACCGAUAAGCCAAAAGUGUCGCGGCCAGCAUCGACUGAAUAUCUCGAUUUUGAUUCGGCAAGCGAAUCCGACGUCGAAAAUAAUGGACCGUCCGGACGCGCCUGUCAUCAUUGUUAUGGGACUCGUGAGUUUUUUUGUUCUUGAAACAUUUUUAAUUUAAAAAAAAAACACGUGGCUAAUUUGAUUAGUAAGAAUUUUCGAAAUCCCCUUUAUCCAAUUUUUUCCACCUAAAAUUCUCCAAAUAGUUCAUUUUCAUUUUCUACCCCGCUGUGUUUUUCUCGACUAAAAAAUAAUAAUAUGAAUUGUAACUAGACGGCGACAAAAAAUUAUAUACAAUUCUCAUGAAUCUGCCCUUGUAUUAUGAUGAUUUUUCGAGCAAAAGUGCAUCUUACACAUUAUACACGAAAUAAGUCCCCCGGGUUUACGGAACAGAAAAAUUAGCUUCAUUUUGGAACAUGAUCUAGCACACCAUAAUCGGGAAGAAAAGACGGAGGAUGGAAAUUUCGAAAUUCAGUUUUUCAGCUGAAAAUCCUAGAAUUAAAAAUUCAAAAUGAAAUAUCAAUUUUUUAGCACCAAAAAAUCCACGUGACAAUAUUUUAAUUCAAAAAUUUUUGCGCAAAAAAAUUGAAAUUUCUAUUUUUUUCAUCCAAAUCAUGGGACUAUGUGUUCGCAAUAAAAUGAACAUUUUUGGCAACAUUAUCUUUAUUUGACCCGUGUGCAAAAAGCAUCAUAAAACGUUUUUCUUCUUCUUCUUCUUAUCACAAAAAUGUGUGUGUUUUUUUAGAGUCGAAAGAUUGGCAUCACGCCAACACGCUUAUGCUGUGUACUGAUUGUCGAGUGUAUUAUAAAAAAUAUGGUCAACUUCGUCAUAUUGCGAAUCGUCCAACACAAGUGCCAGCCUGUCUUUUUAAACGAUCAAAUAGUGGAGACGAAGAGGAAUCUGGAGUUCGGACAAGAGCUGGAAAGAAGGAACAGAGAAAACGGUAUGUUUUUUUAGUUUUUUUCUGCUGACCACGCCCUUUUUUCUCUGGUGGGUAACCUUACUUUUUAACCCAACCUGUCAGAUAUUAUUGUUCUUAUCACAUCGUCAUCAAAUUUUUUUAUCAAUUAGAUACACACUUUCCCUCUAGCAAACAACAUUUUUCAAAUGAUGAAAGGAGAGAAAAAAAUAAUAAUAGUAUUUAUGGUAGUAAUUAUUUUUAAUGAUGAUGUUGAUAAAAAGUAUCGAUUUAUAUUUGGUUUCAAAAGGUUCGCCCCCGAAAAGUGCAGGUGCAGGUGCAACAAGUGAACCCCGAAGCUCCGCCCAUUUCUUCUUGUUCUAGCUUUCUCCUUCUUCUUCUUUCCUUCUGUUCUUAUUUUUUUUCCGUCUUCUUCUAUUUUCUCUUGUGUUAGAUAUAUAUUGACACCCCUUCAUUUACUAUUUCCUGCCUCUCUCCCACCUCGUGAGACCACUUACUUUUUGUGUGUGUUUUUUCUUGUACACAUACCACUUUACUCUUUUUUUUGUUGUAUUAUUUAUGUUGGUUAUUCGGGUUUUUUAUUGGGUUUCAUAAUACCUGCUCUUUUUUUUUCUUCUGGAAAAAAAUGUUGAAUUUUUUCAGAACUCCUUCUGCUAUGAGUGAAAAAACUCCGGAUCGAACUCGAUCGCCAGCUCAUGCUCUUACACCGUCUGACGAAUCUUCGCCGUCGAAACGUACAAAUGGUUCAACGCAUAAACGAAAUGCGAAAAGACCACUGCAUUAUGCUGCUGCAACAAAUGCGGCUGCAUCUGCUGCAGCGCAAAAUGCGAGUUGUUCGAACUCAAAUGAGCCGUCGCCAUCUGCAAGUCCGCCGAAUCAUCAUUUGAAUGGAAAUUCGAACGGAGAAUCGAUUUCGAAAAAGGCGAAACUUGUGAGUUUCUUUUAUAUUUUCUAAAUAUUUUGAAACAUUUUUAUUUAUUUUCAACAAUAAGUUCUAUUGUUUUGCAGGAAGACGAAUAUGAUGAUGACGAAUCGGACGGAAAAAUGACAAUCGAUGAAGAUUGUGAUGAUACAGAAGAUCAACUAAAGGCCAAAAAAGUGAUAACGAAUGGAAAAGUGGUUAUGAAAAAGGAAGAAGUUGCGGAUGAAGAUGAUAAGACCAAUAAAAUCAAUGGACAUUCGUUGUUAGUAAAUGGAAAUGGAGAUGAGGUAAAUAUAUAUUUUUCAAUAUUUUCGGUAGUUCACUUUAAUUAUAAUAUUGGAUGUCCGAUUCAGUAAUUGUUGGUUACCUUUUUGCAAACCUGCUUAUUAUCACGAGCUCGUUCGAUUUUGUCACACAAAUAAUUAGACACCAAUCCCUAUAGCAUUUUAUUAUAUAUAUAUAUAUAUAGAAAAUCAUCAAAACAAGGUUUUUUUUCAGAAGUCUGUAAAUAUGAAUGGAAAUGUUGUGGCAAGUACUUCGAAAUUAGAAGAGGAAGAUGAAGAAGAUGUUAAACCUGAUGAUCCAAAUGAUACAUAUGAAAGUGGAACAGUUAUUGAAUUUGAGACGAAAAAUGCGGCGUUUAUUCGAUCAUUUAUUCGAUCUUGUGGACCAAGAAGUUCGAGAACUGAUUUGUGUUUUAAAUUCAAAGAAGGAUCGAAUUGGGAUAAUAGUUUGAAGCAGAAACAGGAAAAGAAAGCUGCUCAACAAUUAGCUCAACAACAACAACAAGCACAAAUUCAACAAACAAUUAAUAAUAGUUCGAUGAAAAAAGAUCAGCAGCAACAACAGCAGCAACAAAUGGCAUAUUUUCAAGCGAAUGGUAUUCCACCACAACUUGCUGCUUUAAUGAAUCAUCCGCAGAUUGCGAUGAAUCCACAGGCUGCGGCUGCACUUGGUAUCCCGCCACAAUUAUUGGCUGCAGUUGCUGCGAGUCAGCAGCAAGCUCAACAGCAGCAGCAGCAGCAGCAGCAACAACAACAAUCUCAGCAACAACCGCAGCAACCAAAUAUGGAUUAUUUGAUGCAUGCUAUGAUGCAGAUGGAACAACAUAAAAUGUAUGAAUUAAUGCAACAAAAUCGAAUGAUGCAACUUGCGGCUGCACAAGCUGCAGCUCAACAACAAGCUGCUGCUGCACAACAACAAGCCGCGCAGCAACAACGAGAACGUGAACAGCGUGAACGAGAGCAGAGGGAGCGGGAAAGAAUUGCUCAACAGCAAGCUGCUCAACAAGCUGCAGCACAAGCCGCCGCUGCACAAGCUGCACAAGCUGCUGCAGCACAACAACAACAGCAGCAGCAACAACAACAUGCUGCAUUCUUGAAUAGUCUUUUUAGUAAUGGAGCCGCUGGAAUUGAUGUUCAACGAUUAUUUGAGCAGCAACAUCAAGCACAAGUUCAGGCGCAAGUUCAGGCUCAAGCUCAAGCUGCGCAACAAAGGCAACGUGAACAGAGGGAGCAACAACAGCAGGCAAAUGUAAGUUUAUUUAUUUUUUGAUUCGGGUACACUGAAAUUAUAGUUAAAAUAUAAAAAAUCACAUCUGGAGAGACGUGGAAAUCUACAAAUUUCCGUAUUUUUCUAACCAAAAAGUGUGGUUUUCAUUGAUUUCCAAAAAAUUCUCGAAAAAAACGUUCUACAAAUAUUUUUGAACACUCUUUGUCCGGGUGUGAAAAUAGGGUAUUCAAAAAAUGUUGAAAAAGUUUCAUUGAAUGAAAUUGUUUUGAAUACCGCUUUAGAACCUUUUCAUUAAAAUCUUACUUUUCAAAAUAAACCCUUUCAGUUGUGUCCUUGAAAUUAAAAUAAAAUAAAAAUUCAAAAAAAAAUAUUUUUCAGCAUCUUCAACAAAUUGAAAUGCAGCAUCAUCAACAGCAGCAGCAACAAAUGAUGUUGCAGAUGAUUCAAAAUCCACUUCUUAUGCAGAAUCCACAAAUUAUGGCUCAAUUCAUGCAGCAAAUGCAGCAACAACAACAGCAGCAGCAGCAACAACAACAACCACAUUCUGAAAUGAUGCGAAGACUUCAAGAUGAAUCACUAAUGAGACCAAAUCAAUAA